AUGGGUGCGUUGCUAGCAGCACCGUUUUGCGCAGCUCCGGCAGCGUGCUGCUUCGGAAGCGCCGCGUGCUCACUCUGCUGCUCAGCAUGUCCGGGAGCGAAGAAUUCGACGACGACGAGGAUCAUGUACGCGUUAAUGCUGAUUUCAGCGACUUUCAUCGCUGUAAUGAUGCUUCUUCCCGGUGUUCAACAGAAAUUAGUUGAUAACAAAUGGUUAUGCGACUAUGCGGGGGUGAAUUGUCAGCAUGCGAUUGGAUAUCAGGCAGUAUACAGAGUUUGUGCAGGAGCCGUAAGCUUCUUCUUCCUGAUGAUGAUUCUGAUGAUCGGAGUUUCUUCAUCUAAAGACGGUCGUUCUUCAAUUCAAAACGGUUUCUGGUUCUUCAAAUACAUUUUGAUGUUUGGAAUUAUCACCGGAUACUUUUUCAUCGGAAGUGAAAGCCUUGCUACUCCUCUCAUGUACAUCGGAAUGCUCGGCGCUUUCUUGUUCAUCCUUAUCCAACUGAUUCUGAUCGUUGACUUUGCUCACGGACUCGCCGAAUCUUGGGUUUCUCAAUACGAAGACAACGACUCUCGUGCUUGUUACGCCGGACUUCUUGUCACCACAUUCGGAGGAUUCUUGUUAUGUCUCAUUGCCGCUGGAUACGUAUUUCUAAACUACGCGAUUGGAGAUGGAUGUGGUCUUCCGAAGUUCUUUAUAAUCGUCAAUGUUCUUAUUUGUGUUGCGAUUAGCAUUCUUUCGGUUUCUCCAAUGGUUCAAGAAGUGAUGCCACGUUCUGGGCUUCUACAAGCAGUUGUUAUCAGUGGUUACAUCAUUUAUUUGACAUGGUCGGCGCUGUUGAGCAAUCCCAAUGAAUCAUGUAACCCAACUGUCGCCAAUAUCACCCAAUCAACUAUCACCACUGGAACCAACAACAAGAUUGAUGACACCUUCGUAACCCCAAUGCCAGUCCACUCCCUUAUCUCUCUGCUCAUUUGGCUCGUCUGUCUUGUCUACGCCUCUAUUCGCAAUUCUUCCAACACAUCGCUUGGAAAAAUUACAGGAGAUACCGAAGAGCAUGCUCAGCUCAAUGACGUCGAAGGUGGCAAAGCAUGGGACAACGAAGAAGAAGGUGUCGCCUAUUCGUACAGCUUCUUCCACUUCAUGUUCUGUCUCGCUUCUCUGUACGUCAUGAUGACGCUGACUUCCUGGUAUCACCCUGAUAGCGAUUUGGCUCAUCUCAACUCGAAUAUGGCAUCGGUCUGGGUCAAAAUCGUCUCCUCGUGGAUUUGCGCUGGACUCUACUCAUGGACACUUGUCGCACCGCUCGUCUUCCCUGACAGAGAAUUUUAA